AUGAUGGAGAAAAUUCUGGAGAAUGUGGAUGCGACCGACAUAAGGACGGCACAGCACGUAUGCGUUCAGUGGAGGAACAUCAUCAACAGGAGACGCCAUGCUAUGAAGCGAGUUCCUUUUAGUCAACUUGGUUACCGUGGAAGAGAUGGCCCCAUGCGAUAUCGUGUGCAGGAGAUUUAUGUUAGUGAUGACGGGGAUGCCGCUGUGACGUUGACGAUUACUCACCUUUGUCCUUCAUGGGAGGGUGUUUCUACAGUGAAAAUCACUGACUACAAAAUGUUGUUCGAGUGCAUCUGGAUCUACUCGCCAAAGAAGUUGAACAUCAGCGCAACCAGGAAUGAGCUGCGAAUAGCACUGGAAAGCAUCCCCGACUGGUGGUUUCACGACAUUCAAAUGAUGGGCAUCUACGAAAGUGCCUGUGACCUCGAUGCACUGGCUCUGGUAUCACGAGCGCCGCACUGCUCCUCCCUUCGAAUUGAUCCAUGCUUCACCAUUGACAAUGUCACGUCGCUGCUGAACUGCAUGAAAAAGAUUCACGAAUUGAAGAUUCGUAGCUGCUCGAAGACAAUCACAGCCGACGAUUCGACUAUCGACGCGCUCAUUCCGCUGUCGAUAGCCUGCCCUGACGGUCUGCAGUCAUUCUGGGUCGACUCUAUAUCCACGGAGUUCACGCUGCCCAAGAUGUUCGAGUUAUUCGAGAAAGGAAAUUUUUCGCCGAGGUGCUCGUUGCUGUUCGAAAAAGUGCACGGCAGCGAGACGGCUCUUCGCAACUGGAUCUUCUCCCACGCCCAACGGGUUCUGUACGUCUCCCGGCAGACCUACAAUUUCGCCUAUAGAGACGUGGAAAUCGGGAUUUCAGUCGAGCAGUUUGUGCCUUGA